GUCAUAGAAGACAACUUGGAAAUCGUCGUCGGAUUGCUCGGAGCUGGACUUGGGUCGCCAACAAACGCCCACGAGAACCCGAUCUGGUCCCAACGUCGAGGCUCGCCGUCGAGCAGAGCCGCUUUCGCCCUUGCACCCCCAAGGGCGUUUUAUGGGCUGCACACCGCAGCGCACGCCUCGAAGCGCAACCAUCCUGCUCCCUUGAUUUCGCCACCAACCCUGUGCAGCCAAACCAGCCCCGACUGCCACCAUGUCCAUGCCCGACCCCCUCCGCUCCUUCCUGGAGCAGGUGCUCGCGCCCUCGCCCCUGGUCCUGUGCCUCGGCAUCGCCUUCGUCGUCAUCUUCCCCUUCAUCCUUCACUUCGCCCUCAGCGGCUCGACCCAGUACGUCGCCCUGCCCUCGGUCCUGCUCGCCGGCCCGUCGGGCGCCGGCAAAACGGCGUUGCUGGGCCACCUCGAGCGCCGCGGCGGCCACAUCCCGACCCACGUCACGCAGCGCCCCCACAGCGUCGAGCUGUCCGUGGGAGGCGGCGGCGGCGGCGGCAAGAAGAACAACAGCUUCCGCGACGACCUCGACGCGCUCGGCGUCGAGCACUCCAAGUUCCUGCUCCAGGACACGCCCGGCCACGGAAAGCUGCGAGGGGCGGCGCUGCGGCGCGUCGCGGCGGCCACGCAGGACCGCGUCAAGGGCAUCGUCUUCAUCGUCGACGCCGCCAUGAUCUCGGAGCCCGAGUGCCUCGCCGACGCGGCCGCGUUCCUGUACGACGUGCUCGUCAUGCUGCAGAAGCGCGCCGGCGCGGGCAAGUCGAGCCGCGCCCCCGACGCCGUGCCCGUCCUCAUUGCUGCCAACAAGAUGGACCUCUUCACGGCCCUGCCGGCGGCGCUCGUCAAGAGCAGCCUCGAGGCCGAGCUGGGCCGCAUCCGGAGCACGCGCAGCAGGGGCCUGCUGGACUCGGGCGUGGGCACCGACGACGUCGACGCCGGCGCGGGCAAGGAGGACGGCGACGACUGGCUGGGCCAGUACGGCAGCGAAAAGUUCACGUUUGCGCAGAUGCGCGAGUUCGACAUUGACGUCGACGUGAUGGGCGGCAACGUUGAGGGCGAGGGCCCCGGCGUCGACAAGUGGUGGGACUGGAUCGCGGACCAGCUUUGAAGCUUUUUACGCAGAUUUCGCCUCUGUCCUGCAGGGGACUUUUACCAAGCAAGCAGUUUGUAUACCGCUUAUCCGACACUUGUGUGGCUUGAGAUGGCGUCCAGGGCGAGGACAGCAUCGAGAUGUCGAAAGGCACCCCCCACACACUAUCGUAUGACUGAAAGGGACAUCUUUAUCUAUUCCUGGAGUUUGCUGGCCGCUCUCCCAUUUCCAAUGGGAAGCUGUAGACGUUGAGUCUCGCCAACAGAGAACCACUGUAUCUAACAUCUAUGAAAUAACAAGCCUCGCCUUUCUGCGCCGUCCA